UGCUGUGUGGAUGGCGACGAUUAUAUUGCCAUAAAUUAAUGCUAAAGAAAUAAAGAUAAACAGAUCAGAGACCAAAAGUUGGCUCACUGAACCUUAGCUGUGUGGUCUUUCGCGAACCCACACAGUCCCUACAUUUUCUAAUAAUUCACUAAAACCUUUCCCCUUCUUUUUCGGUUUUUUCCUCCUUAUAAAUGACCAUUAAGCUUUAACCUAUUCUUCUUACUUGUAAUACCUCAAGAAAUUUGAGCAUGCCGUAUAUGGAGCUUAGGUCUACCUUCACCGCCAGCUUCUUCCUCUUUCUCAUCCUCGCUUUCCCUUUUUACUCAAGAGGGGAAUCGGAAGCAUUGCAUUCAGAGAUAUAUGAGAUUGAUUAUAGAGGUCCUGAGACUCACUCUGCGGUUCCUCCUCCUCAUCAUUCCCGUGGUAAGCUUCAUUCAACACCUCAAAAAAGUUCAGUCACAGCACCCAAUGCUUUGGCCUCAACGAGUAGUGCUCAAUCAGAAAAUAAGGUUAAGAAAGUCCAUGGAUGAUGAAUCUUUACAAAUUAAAGGAACAAUGAUUUCGUACUCUCAUUUUAAAAUACUUUAAUUAAUAGAGAAUGUAAUGAUUGGAAAGUUGGGAUAUUGUACCUCGGUUUGCUCAUAUAUAUUGAUUAUAGAAAAAUUGUGUAUAUUAAUGCUUUGAAAAUUAUAUU